AGUUUGACUACUACGGGUCUUUCCGAGUUGUACAUGCAGUAGCCUGCGAAAACUAACCAAUAUUAUUAGUCGCUGCAAUGGUAAUACUGGCUCCGCGCUCAGAGUGGGCUUUCCACAGCUGUGCCUGAAUGAUGCUGCCAAUGGCGUCCGGCAGACGGACAAUGUUACGGUAUUUCCAGACGGAAUUACUGUCGGUGCUACCUUUGAUAAAGACCUUAUGCACGAAAGAGGAGUCGCUAUUGGCAAGGAAGCACGAGGCAAAGGCGUGAACGUCUGGCUUGGCCCAACUGUCGGCCCCAUUGGCCGCAAGCCCAAAGGUGGCCGAAACUGGGAAGGAUUCGGUUCUGAUCCGGUAUUGCAGGCCGUUGGUGCCCGAGAAACUAUCAAGGGCCUCCAGGCACAGGGUGUCAUUGCCACUAUCAAGCAUCUCAUUGGAAAUGAGCAGGAAAUGCAUCGGCAGUACAUUGCCGGCAUUCAAACCGGCUAUAGCUCCAACAUUGAUGACCGAACUUUGCACGAGCUCUACCUAUGGCCGUUUGCAGAGGGUGUUCGUGCUGGCGUUGGAGCCGUCAUGACGGCAUACAAUGCUGUCAACGGGUCUGCUUGUAGCCAGAACGCCUAUCUAAUCAAUGGCCUUCUCAAGGAUGAACUUGGCUUCCAGGGCUUUGUUAUGAGUGAUUGGAUUUCGCACAUGUCUGGAGUGGGCUCCGCCCUCGCUGGACUUGACAUGGAUAUGCCGGGCGAUACCCAAAUCCCGCUCUUUGGCUAUUCUUACUGGAUGUUUGAACUGAGUCGCGCUGCACUAAAUUCAUCGGUGCCUAUGGAUCGACUCAAUGACAUGACGACCAGAAUUGUUGCCACUUGGUACCAAAUGGGCCAGGACAAAAACUACCCACCACCAAACUUCCACGUCGGCUCCAAAAAGGCAGUCGAUGCUCUCUAUCCUGGUGCCUUCCCUGAAUCUCCCACUGGCAUUGUGAAUGAAUUUGUCCAAGUCCAAGCAGAUCACGAUGUUAUUGCUCGACAGAUUGCACAGGAUGCAGUGACUCUGUUGAAGAAUGACGACAACACCCUGCCGUUGUCGUCUUCAAGCGUCUUCAAAGUGUACGGUACCGAUGCUCAAGCCAAUCCAGACGGACCAAAUGCUUGCUCCGACCGCGCCUGCAACAAAGGUACUCUUGGUCAAGGAUGGGGCUCGGGAACUGUCGACUUUAUGUAUCUUGACGACCCCAUCUCGGCAAUUAGAGCACGAGCAUCCAAUGUGACGUUUUUCAACACUGAUUCCAUCCCUCUUUUCCAUCCUACUCCUGGAAAGGACGACAUUGCCAUUGUCUUUAUUAGUUCUGACUCUGGCGAAAAUGGCUACCUCGUUGAAGGAAAUGAAGGAGACCGUAGCAGCGCAAAGCUGGCCGCCUGGCAUAACGGAGAUGGGUUGGUUCAAGACGUGGCGAAACGCUACAGCAAGGUCAUUGUUGUUGCCCAUACCGUCGGCCCUCUCCUCUUUGAGAAGUGGAUUGACCUUCCAUCAGUCAAGUCUGUUGUUAUUGCCCACCUACCCGGACAGGAGGCAGGCAAAUCGCUAGCCAGCGUUCUCUUUGGCGACGUCUCGCCCAACGGCCACCUCCCGUACAGCAUCACGAAGCGCGAAGAAGACAUGCCAGCAAGCGUUACCGACUUGAUCCCCGCUGUCACGCUUACCCAGCCCCAGGACACAUACACAGAAGGUCUGUAUAUUGACUACCGCUGGUUGAACAAGGCCGGCAUCAAGCCCCGAUACGCCUUUGGUCACGGCCUCAGUUACACAACCUUCUCAUACGAAGCCACCAUUCAAAAGAAGACACCGCUGUCGAAUGUCCCUCCGCAACGAGCACCAAAAGCUGGCAUCUUGACGUACGACCAGCCCAUUCCCGGUCCUGAAGAGGCUACAAAUCCCGAGAACUUCCACAAGAUCUUCCGCUACAUCUACUCGUGGCUGAGGAAGGACGAAGCCGACGAUGCCGUCAAGGAUGCCAAGACCAAAAAGUACCCCUACCCCGACGGAUACUCUACGACACAAAAGCCCGGUCCACGAGCUGGUGGUGGUCCAGGUGGUAACUCUGCGCUUUGGGAUGUCGCCUACACCAUGUCAGUCAAGGUGACCAACACUGGCAGCAAGUUCCCAGGCAAGGCUUCCGCUCAGGCAUAUGUCCAGUUCCCCGACGGUAUCAAGUACGAGACGCCGAUCAUCCAGCUGCGCGACUUUGCCAAGACCAAGCUACUCAAGCCGGGCGAGAGCCAGACGGUUGAGCUAGAGUUUACACGCAAGGAUAUGAGUGUCUGGGACACCGAGAUCCAGGACUGGGUUGUGCCCAAGAUCGACGGCGACUACAAGAUCUGGGUCGGAAGCGCCAGCGACAAUACACCUAUUCUCUGCCACACAGUCGGACUCAAGUGCGCGCCUGCUACAUCUGGUCCUGUCUAAUCACCAAGCCCAUGACCUGAGACGAGCUACACGUAGCCCAGUACAUACAAGUUUGCAUAGUUAUUUAUAAUCAGAAAAGAUGUCAUAUUAUCUUUAAUAAAUGCUCAGUUCAACCUACCAUAGGGACAGUUCUUAAACCGUAAAGUGAGAUGAUACAUUGCCUGAGCCUCUGCUACGAGAGGCCCAUUCGUCUAUAUAUACGCGGCACCACUAGUAAUACAUGCUGUUUUAAAUUCUUCGUCGUCAGCCGUCGACCCGGAUCAGUCCCUCCCAGGACCAGUCCAGCCAUGCUAUAUCUGCUCCAUGCUUGAUUGCACCGAUACACGUUCUCCUUUUCGUUCUCCUCUACCAAGCAACGUGUCUGCGGCCCUUGGUCUUGCGGCGGAGGAUGAUCUUGCGUCCCGUCCUUGAGCGCAUGCGGUACAGGAACCCGUGACGGCGCUUCUGCACUAGCCUUGUAGCGCCAGUCAUUGUAUUUCUCGGGCCGAAUCGCAUCUGGGCGCCAGCGAACGCAGGGUGAGCGGAGAUGGCUGAUGUAGAGACAACGUCAGCGGCGGCAGCGGUUGUUGUUGCAGGAGGAGGCGUCAGGAGCGAGGGGAGGAGAGAUGUCGGCCUGCGGAUCGCGGAAGCGGAGAGGGAGGGUCUGAUGGGUGUUGUCAUUGUGGUAAAUGUUCU